AUGGGUGAGUCAGUCGAAGAAUCCCGUAGGGUGUCGGUGCAGAUUUCAUCGCUCUCUACACAACUAAUCGAGAGCAUCGACAAACAGUUCCAACUGGAAGAACAGUUAAAUCAGGCCAAAAGGACCAUACAAAGUCAGAGGAACUCGUUGGACAGCUAUAAUGACUUGAAAUCAAAGUUCGAUGGAGUUGAGAGCAGUCUUCAGACAAAAAAUCAAAUUAUAGAGGAACUGAAAGAGGAACUAGUCAAAGAAAAAACGCUUCGAACAACCGCCGAGCGAAACGUGGAUGAUCUGAAUAAAGAAAUUGAAGAUCUUACGGCUUCCCUAUUUGAUGAAGCGAAUAAGAUGGUGGCUACUGCCAGGAAGGAAAGUUAUACCAUCGAGAUAAAAAAUAACAAGUUAAAGGAACAAUUAGAUGAAAAGGAUAUGAUACUCGAAACUCUGAACCUUCAACUGAAAAACUUAAAGAAAGUAAUACAAAAUCUAGAGAAAGAAAGCACAACUCAUUCCGGCAGUAGGUCCUCUUUUGUGGGAAAUGAUAACUCCACGUCAAGCAUAUCCCUGAACAAGACUUCCACCUCAAACUCAGACGAACUGUCUCUGGGACCCAUUUAUUCGCCUAAUAUUACAUCAGUUCGUUAUGAUCUCAAUCUUUAUACCGAAUUUCUGAAGUUUAUCGCAGUUUUGCCCUAUUGUGAAACUUUGAAAGAUACGUCAUCCGAUUCCAAGCUACUCAGGAGACUGGUAAAUGACGAGAUUCAACCUGCUUUGAGAUUAGAUAAUGCCAGUGGGCUGGGGUGGAUAGUUAGAAGGACUUUGAUGUCUCUCAUGAUGGAAGGCUUAGUUGUGGUGGAGCCAUUAAGCGGACUGAAUGAAAAUUUUCAGUAUGGUUAUACAUCUCCUGUUCUCCCCAGCUCAAGUUUCAACCCUUCAAUGGGCGGCAAGGAUUCUCAUCUGUUUAGUUACCCCUCAGACUCUCCGCCAAUCGCUGUCCAUGACAAGUGCUCAUUUUGUUCAGAAGCUCGAGAUGAUGUUAUUGAACACGCGAGGAUGUACGUGCUCAAGACUCAAACACGCAUAGAAGAUGGAUCUCUGGUUGUUACUAACAGUUUCCCACUUUGUAGAUACUGUCUCUUGAAAGUCAGACAGACAUGCGAAAUAUUUGCUUUCUUAAGAUCUUUAAAACUUGGAGCCUGGAAUUUAGAGAAGGUGACUUUGACUAAAAUAGCGAAAGGAGAAUCAAGUGAGUUUUCUCAAGUCUCUAAUGGGAACCAUAAAGGGCCUCAAAAGGAAGAAAAGAGGCUACAAAGGAUGAGUCUCAUUACGGGGAAGAAUCAAUCAUCCAAGCUAGCCCCUCAAGUUGAUAUACCGGUUGACCAAAUCGGUGCACCUACCACUAACAUCCAAAGAGCUUGGUUGCAACUGUGUAAAUUGCGUAUUACACUGCACUGGGCCCAUAUCGGUAUAUGGUCCGUAGAGGACGCUGUAACACAAAAGAUAGGCCCUUUCGUGAAAGAGGAAGAUGAAAAUGAUGACGAACCGAUAUCACCAAAUGAGAACCCGCCUUUAACGAAAGUUACUUCAGAGGAUGGAUCAUUCACGCUAAAGAAUAGCGAUGAAAUAGACGAGAUUAACGAUGAUGACGCAUUUGACUUUGAGAAAGGCAAGGCGCCAGUUCAAACCGCUGAAAUUACAGAAGCCACCAAUAACGAGAGCAGAACAAGUGAACAUGCCGCUUCACAGAACAAUGCUGGGCAACCAUUGAAAGAUGAGGUCAUCACAACGGCAGAUUCUUCGACUACACGUUCUGCUACAGAGGUAGACCAUAUGCCAUCAUCAAAGGAUAAUAUUGGAUCUCUUGAUGUUGAUAAAGUGAGUAUAAGUUUAGGUUCAGACUCAAAUACUUCACCGCCAGUCCCCGCAGAUGACCUCGAAUCAAAAAGUUACGACAAAAAGCACACAGAUUCGAUCGAAGGCUUGGAGAACGCACAAGAAACUGGUCUUACACCGUUAGAUGCUCCCAAUGAUAUCCAAAUCGAGACUAGCAGCAUAUCUAACAACGAUGAAGAGUUUGACGAUGCCAUUGAGAACCAAGACGAUUAA